AGAACCUCCUCUGCAACGGCCUGCCAGAAACCGUACACCUUUUCGGGAGCACAUAUACUUGACACUCUUCAUUUUUAGAGGAAAAGCAGCCAAUUUCACGUUUUAUGUCCGCUAUUCAGAACUUCAAUAUCGUUGAUCCCUUUGCUGAUACUGGUGAUGAUGAUGCUCAGCCUUUGAACUACAUUCACAUUCGUAUCCAACAGAGAAACGGACGUAAAACUUUGACUACCGUUCAAGGUCUUCCUCAAGAGUACGACCAAAAACGCAUUCUGCGUGCUUUGAAGAAAGAUUUUGCUUGUAACGGUACUAUCGUCAAGGACGAUGAACUUGGCGAAGUCAUUCAACUUCAAGGUGACCAACGUAUUAAGGUUAUGGAGUUCUUGACUAGUCAACUUGGUCUCCAAAAGAGAAACAUUAAAAUUCACGGUUUCUAGACGUACUCAUACAAUGUGUGCUUUGCUAAGAAAUACAUUUCCCUUUUGGACUAUUCAGAAGGGCUCCUAUUAUUUAAGUG